ACUCCCCAGUCCCUCCCGCACCCGGAGAAAGGGGCUCUCUCCUUUUUGACAAUCAGAAUGGGAAGAUCGUGCGAAACCCUCCCUCGAUUAAUAUUCUCCCGUUCAAUAAACCGAAGAAAUCAUUGAGCAGAGAGAGAGAGAGAGAGAGUUCUCUUCGUUGUCUUCUUUGGAGAGAGGUGAGAAAGAGAGAGAGAGGCAUAAACCCUAACCCUAGGAUCCCUAGCUGUAACUGGUCGUGACGGAAGGGGAUUAAACCCUAAUUGUUUCUUCAGCCGCAGAGGAAGGAAGAGAAGAGGGGAAGAAGCCCUAACCCGGAAGAGGAGGAGCGCCGUAGAGAGGGAGAUGGGGAAGAAGAAGAAGAGGCCGUCGAAGGUCUGGUGUUACUACUGCGAUCGAGAAUUCGACGACGAGAAGAUCCUUGUUCAGCACCAGAAAGCCAGGCAUUUCAAAUGUCAUGUUUGCCAUAAAAAGCUAUCCACGGCUGGGGGAAUGGCCAUUCAUGUUCUUCAGGUUCACAAGGAGACCGUCACAAAAGUUCCUAAUGCUAAACCUGACAGAGAAUCAACCGAAAUUGAAAUUUUUGGAAUGCAAGGAAUUCCACCUGAAAUUUUAGCAGCUCAUUAUGGGGAGCAAGACGAGGAUGCACCAUCAAAGAUGGCCAAGGUGGAGAUUCCAACCUCCAAACUUGUUGGUGGUGUUGUACCAGGAUCAGUAGGUGUUGGAUUUCCUCCUCAACCACCAAUUGGUGCAAUGCAGCCAAUUUAUUCUGCAUUAGCAGCGCCACCCUCAGGUUGGCCAGUUCCUCCUCGUCCACAACCUUGGUUCCCUCAACAUCCUGCAGUUUCAGUACCUCCUGCUGCACCUAUGGGAUUGGCACAGCAACCUCUGUUUCCUGUACAGAAUGUGAAACCUUUGUUACCCACUACUUCUCCACUUCAACCAUCAUUUCCGAUCACUCCACCUGGAUUACCCACAUCUACACCACUGGUUCCUGUAUCUCAACCUUUGUUUCCUGUUGGUGUUAAUUCUAAUACUUCAAGUCAAAGUUCACCAUUUCCUGCACCUGCACUUACAGCAACCAUUCCAUCAAGCUCUCCUGCAGACCUCAAAAACUCAGUUGACUCAUAUUCCAGUGUUAACACUUCCGUGGCUAGUAGUUACCAUGGAACGACUGCUCAAGGUGGUUCAUAUGCCAAUUCACAUACAUAUGCCUCAGGUCCAAAUACUGGUGGUCCUUCAAUAGGUCCCCCUCCUGUAAUUGCUAAUAAAGUUCCUGCUAGCCAGCCAGCCACCAAUGAGGUCUAUUUAGUUUGGGACGAUGAGGCCAUGUCCAUGGAGGAAAGAAGGAUGUCCUUACCGAAGUAUCAGGUGCAUGAUGAAACUAGCCAGGUAAGUUGUAACUAUAUCUCUUUCUCAUUCAUUCAAAAUGACAUGCAACUAUCCCUGCAUGUCCCAUGGAUUGGUAGGCUUUUACCUUUUGAUGCUUUCAGAUUAAUUGCUUGUGCAUUUUUUCAUAUGUUAAGAGUAUCUUGUAUGAAUCCCUGGACUUUUUCCCCUGUUAAAAAGAACACAAUUUGUGAAGAUUCCAUGAGCCUUAAUCGUAUAUUACUCUUAGUUCCAAACAUGUUUGUUUGAGGGGCCAUGGUGCUAUUUUUAACUGCCACUCUCUGCGGUUUCCAAGCAAUUCCACCGAUUUUGUGGCCAUCAAAAGAUUCAAGUAGGUAUGCACAUUAUCUUUUCUGGUACCUAGUAUUUACAUAUCUGACAAGUGUGCUGCGAUCUACACGAGGGUUCUCCAACCUAGCUUCGGCCCUACGCGAAAAGUAUAGUGUAUGUAUUUUGCUUUCAUGGAAUUUGAAUUUGUUGGUUCAUAUUCAUUCUCCCUGUGUUACGAUUACAAUAUAUGGUGGUUUGGGGAGGAACAAGAAUAUUGCCAACAGGCAUUUUCCUAUCUAGAGCAUUUCUUGUUAUCUUUUUUAUGAUCAUACAGUGAAUUCAGACUUGGCCCAGGUCAGCUUCUGUCACAAGUUUAGUAUCUUUUGUGUAGAAGCCAGCAUUAAUAUGUGAUUCAUUGGUUGGUUUGUGGUUGCAGUCCCUUUCUGAUUUUCAGUGUUGUCUUUUCUAUUUUCUUCCAGAUGAACUCAGUUGAUGCAGCCAUAGACAGAAGAAUAUCUGAAAGCAGGCUUGCUGGUCGAAUGGCUUUCUAGGUCUGCUAUGUUACAUGUACAUGGGAGGUCUUCAAACUUGUAGCUUAUUUACUUUCUUACCUGGGAUGUGAAAGAAGGACAAUCGUGGCUAUAAAUCCCAAGAGUAGAUCAAUCAUCUUAUUCUUUGUGAGUUAUUUUGGAAUCUUAACUCCUGUCAGUCAUGACAAUCAGUGUUGUACUUACGAUGGAAGAUAGCUACAGAGAGCCAUUUUUUUGGAACAUGGAGGUCUCAACAAGUAACGGUACUGAAUAUGCUUUUUAAAGUUUCAACUUUUCUCAGAUGCCAUUUCCUCGGUCUAUGUUUUAAUUAUCCUUUAAUCCCGACUAGCAGUAGUGAUAAUUACAAAUUUAGCUAACUCUUGAAGAUAAUGUACCAUGAUACAUCUAUGUUUAUUGAAUCAGGUAUUUUUGCACUACA